AUGACUAAUAGUGAACAAGAUAAGCAAAAUGUACAGGAUUCUCAAGAUGAUGAUUACAUGACUAUGGCUCUUCCUGAUGUUUCUUCUUCAUUACUUUCUACGAGACAGAGGAAAAUACAUGCUCAGAAAGAAAAAGGAAUAAAUAAAUCAUAUCGAGAAAGAGAACGUGAAAGGAGAGAAGAAGGGCUUCGUUUCUCUUUGAUGGAUACGGAAAAGCCAAGCAAAGCAAUGAAUAUGAUGUUUAAAAUGGGUUAUACAAAAGGCACUGCUUUAGGCCAAGGAUGUACUCAAAGUAGAAUAGAGCCUCUUGAAAUAAAUAUAAAGACGGAUCGUGCAGGUAUUGGUCAUGAAACAGCACAAAAACAAAAAAUUGUUCGAGAAACGUUAAAAAUACAAGAUGAAAUGGAAUAUAAGACACGAGUCCGUCUAGAGAAUGAGACAAAGUAUCUUGAAGCAAAGAUUUAUCAAGCACAGAAAGUUUGUGAAAAUUUGAACAAAAAAAGUAUAGAUGAACCACGUAAGGUUAAUGUUUUGUGGAGAGGUUUAGUUAUAGAAAGGAUUGAGAAAGAAAAAGAACGUAUGAGAAAACAUGAAAUCUUAAGCAGAGUCCAAAGUCUAGAUGAUUUGCAGAAUGAAGUAAAGCCAGAUCGUCAUACUCAGGUUGAAUGGAGUCAAGAAGAUGAUCAGGAUUUAGAGUUAGAUGCGUUUAAUCAACUAGAUCCUAAGAUUCGAUUAGAAAUGAUUAUUGAUUAUCUUCGUGAAAAUUAUUAUUAUUGUUUUUGGUGUGGAUGUGCUUAUGAGAAUGUUCAAGAUCUUUCUGACAGUUGCCCUGGUAAAAGAGAAGAGGAUCAUUAA